GGAAGUAGAAAGUGGGUGGCGAACUUCCCGUUGACUACGGUCUCUCAAAGAAUGUGCCUCGUUCAAUAAUAUAAAAUCAAUUCCACUUAAAAUUUAAUUAUUUUUUAUAUAUUGGUCCAAGGAAUCUUAUAUUCUUCUCGUCAUUUGCAGAGGAUUUUUGAUUUUCAUGUAUGUUAGCGUUGUUAAUAAUAUGAAAUCAAUUCCACUUGACUCACUAAACUUAAAUCAUUCAUUCAACUUUUUAAAACUAAAACUCAUGUCAUGUGUGAUUUGUGACAAAUCAUUUGGCUUUGGAUUUGUAUUUGUUUGUGAUAAUUAUUGCCAUUGAUGUUGUCACUGUUGGAUCAUCCCACUAUUGACAAUCAGUAUUGAUCUUCAAUUUAAAUGUAGUUAGUUUAAAACUUUAAGCUUAGGCUUAGGCAUUUAGGCAAUCCUCCGAAGUCCGGUCCCAAAUUAUUUCCAAUGAUUAAUCCUUACUUAAAAUUCUUGGGCAUCAUUCUGUUUUGAAACUCAUGUUUGCGUUAGUGGACGAUGUUAGAUGGAGGUUGUUGGCCGUCCAGAUGCGCAUUAUCACUAAUCAUGUGUUACCAGGAACAACUACCGUCACGGACGCUUGGCGAGGAUAUCAAAAUGUCGGUCAGCUCAACAACAGGAUUUAUGCUCACGCUGUCAUUGUGCACGAGCGUAAAUUUGUUGAUCCAGUAGACCAGGAAAUUCACACUAUUGAAGGACUUUGGAUGCAAGCAAAACGUAAACUCCGCUAUCAGAGUGGUAGGCCCGCUAGUCGCGAUCUGUUUGCCAGCUACUUGGGGGCCUUUCAGUGGCGCAACAGUCACCAGCAGAACGUUUUCGGCUGGUAUUAGCAAAUGCUAUGUGCCAAUGACAACAUUUAGUAUUUACUGACUGGUUUGUAAAGUUACAGUUAUUUACAAAAGCUAUGACUGACAUAUCUGCUGUUUUCUAACAAUACACACUGUGCAUUGCAGUUUUUUUCAUACGAAAUAAAUUGGGACCGGACUUCGGAGGAUUGCCGGCAUUUAAUUAUGAUUUACUUCAUUUAAUUUAGGCUAUACUAAGCCUAUUACUAUUAAUAAUUAAUAUUAUUGGUCUCAAGAUUAGGCAAUCCUCCGAAGGCCGAAGUCCGGUCCCAAAUUAUUUCGUAUCAAAUGAAAAAAAUUGCAAUGUAUAGUGUGUAUUGUAUUAUUAAUAAUAAUAUUAUUGUAUUCACGUCUCUACAAUGAUUACUUUAAGCACAACUUAACUCCAGUAAGUCUGUUGUAGCUUAGCAUAUUUAUUAUCAUCUGUGUAGCACAGCACUAGCAAUGCAUAUUUUAUUUGGGUUUUUUGUUAUGCAUCUUGACCUAGUUCUUAAAUGGUUGGCUGACGACAGCACCACACAAAGUAUCAAACUGUUGGUCAGCUCAACAACAGGAUUUAUGCUCACGCUGUCAUUGUGCAUGCGCGUGAAUUUGUUGAUCCAGUAGACCAAGACAUUCACACAGAAACUAUUGAAAGACUUUUGAUGCAAGCGAAAUGUAAAUUUGGCUAUCAGAGUAAUACUAGUCGCUGUCUAAUUGCCUUGGGGGCCUUUCAGUGGCGCAACAGUCACAGGCAGAACGUUUUCAUCUGCUAUUUGCAAAUGCUAUGCGCCAAUUACAAUAUUUAGCAUUUACUGACUGGUUUGUAAAGUGACAGCUAUUUGCAAAAGCUAUGACUGACAUUUCUGCUGAUUUCUAACAAUACACACUGUCAUUCAAUUUUUUUCAUACGAAAUAAUUUGGGACCGGACUUUGGAGGAUUGCCUAAGAUUAUUAUGUAGCCUACAUUUACUUAUUUACAAAAUCAUGAAAUAUUUAUUAGUUUAUCAUUUUCAUUUAUGGCUACACUCUCUCUUCCAAAUUAAUAUUAAAUAGCAGUCAUAAAAGUUAAGUAUCCAGUCCAGCCUGAUUAUCACAACACUGAUGAUGACAAGCUUGCAAUAUGUUUCACAUCUUCUUAUGCCAACUUAUGACAAUUUAUUUAUUGACUGUUACUAUUAUUCCCUGGGUCAGUGUGCCCAAUAUACUAAAGUCAUAUGUGAACUAUAGAUUUCAAGAUAAAAAGCAGCGGUUGACAGACAACAAAUAGGCUAGACAACAAAUACAUACUUCAAAAACUAAUUAAACAUGAUGGUGAUAUAUUUCCCACUAAAAAUUAUCCACAUAAAUUAUUUAUUUUCAAAGGUUUUUAUAGAUCAUUUCUAUCGAGCAAACAAAUCCAACACUGGUCAUGAAUUUCGUCAGUGAUUUUGAUAUUGCAACCUUCAGCAUAAUGGGUUUCACCAUCAUUGACAUGAUCAGCAUCGGCUCACAAGCUGCUAUGGUACUUGGUGGUGUGGUGCCAUUUAUACCUCAAUACCUUGAUAUUUGGCGUUCAAGGAAUGCUGAUGGGUUUUCUUUGUUUGUCUGCCUGGCACUGUUGAUAGCAAACAUUCUUCGAAUAAUGUUCUGGUAGGUUACUUACACAUUAAGUAGAAAUGAUUUGCUCUCUCUAUCUAAAAAUAAUUAAGUAAAAUUUGUAGUGUAUGAAAAUAUGUAAGUAAAAGUAUGAAACUCAUUAAAUAUGCUUGAUUACUAAGUUAGUAUGAAAUAAAAUUUAAAUGAAUGAACUAGCAGUAAUUUAAUUUGCACGAGUCAUCUAAUGGGAAUAAUUAAAUUUACUGAACUAAUUUUUCAAAGGGUUUCACAAAAUUACUUUUUCCUUAUAAAAUAUUAUUAAUAUAGUUUAACCUAGGGUUGGGUAAGUUUCUGCUCGAAGACUACAUGCAGCCAGCUUAAAUGUUUAAAGCGGUCACUAAGACCAUCAGAGAACUUUAAAUGUUUUUGUGAAAUGUAAAAAUUCUGAAUGAUUAUUUGUAUAAGCCAUUGAAAAUAAUUAAUAAUCCGUAUAAAAUUGUCAGACUAAUAACGAUGAUCAUCGUAAACAAUUUUAACAUUAUUCCACUGCUUAUUUGUGAAUUGAACUUGAAAUGAUUUCUUGAAGCCCAUAAUGAUACAUAAAAAAAAAAUUAGCAUGUGGCCCGCCAAAGGAAAAGUAAUUUUCAUUUGGCAUCCCCGAGCAAAAAUAAUCUUCAUGUGGGCCUCUGGCCAAAAAGGUUGCCCGACCCCGGUUUAAAGCAGCCACAUUACACCACCUGAUAUAUGGUUAAUUAUUUUAAUUUUAUUUUGUGAAUUGCAUGCUUUUAAAUUAAUUUUAUUAAAGAGUUAAUGCAAAAAACAUAAUCAUAGCACAGAUAAAGAAAACAGUUUUGAGAUAAUAUACAGUAAGACUAUUGCCUCUGGUGCCCCCCACACCCUUUUUUUUUUCGGAAAGCAGAUUUGGAGUUCAGCUCCCUACUACUUAUGGUGCUACCUAAUCAUUUAAUUGUGACACCACAUCAGUUAAUCUGGACCAUAUUUGGUGCUACCUAAUCAUUUUAUUGUGACACCACAUCAGUUAAUCUUGACUAUCUUUGGUGCUACUUAACCAUAUAAUUGUGACAGCACACCUGUUAAUAUGGACCAUCUUUGGUGCUACCUAACCAAAUAAUUGUGACAGCACACCUGUUAAUCUGGACCAUCUUUGGUGCUACCUAACCAUUUAAUUGUGACACCACAUCAGUUAAUCUGGACUAUCUUUGGUGCUUCCUGACUACAAAACUUUUUGUUAGCUUCAGUUUUAAAGCUUUCUGGAUAUUGCUGCUAUGCACAGUUGAUGGUAAAACUAAUUUUAAUAUGGAAAAAAAAAGCUAUAAACAGUUUGGUUGCAGUGACAAUUUGCAAUGCUCUCACAGAUUUAAGUGAGAUUGAAGCUUUUUAGUUGAAAGAAUUAAAUGCAAACUACCCUCUAAGUUAAAAAAAGCAAACACCUUCUUUUUUGCAGGUUCGGCAAACAUUUUGAAUUACCUCUUCUAGCUCAAAGUAUCAUCAUGAUUUUCACCAUGCUUAUUUUGGUUCAAUUAUGUGUUGAUGUCAAAAGUCGAACAGAGAUAAUUUCUUCAAAGCAGCGGAGGUUUACUGGUAUGUAAAUGUUUAAUAUCUUUAUUCAGUUAAAGUAAUAAAUCAAGUAAUAUUUUCAAAUUUUGCUAAAGGAGAUGAUAGUGCUGAACAUGAUAACCAGAGUAAAACAUAGGAGCCAGAAUGAUCAAUUCAUUGAUCGUGGGCCCUCAAAAUAAAGAAGAAGAAGAAGAAGAAGAAACAGGACGUCCACAGCAGAUGUUAGUUCAUUGUGCACGAAUGGGCUCUGUUCAUUGGAUAAAUUAUUAUAAUUAUACAUUUCUUAAACAUUGUAUAAUCCAACAAAACAUUGGGGAAUAAUCAAUAAAAGGUAAAUUGUAUUUCAAGUGGUGUUGUUUAAACAUGUCCAGAAUUGCAGUCAUAUCACAAUCUAAUAAAAAAAUUUCUAUAAUAUGACCCUAUGAUGCCUAGUUUCUUUAAAAAAAAUUUUUAAUGAAAGAGCUUUAUAAGUUAAAAAUGGAAUGUGUUCAGUUUUUAUUAGAGAAUGUGCCAGAUUACAAAGAAUUCUAAUAAAAACAUUUCACCAUUAAAAUCCUGAGUUUUUUAAAAUGUCUUGAAUAUUACAUGGCAUAAAAAUAAUAUUAUAAGCUGACUGAGAUGAUAAAAUAGUUUUGAAUAAUUAUAAAAAAUCAUUAAAAACUUGCUUUAUCAGAAUAUUUACAUGUCAUGACCCUGUUUAGUUCAUAAUAGUUGAAUUUCUUAUCAUCUAAACAUGUCCUUUGACAACCUCACUUUCUGUGAACAUUUCACUUUACAGGUAAAUGACCUAAUAGGGAUACAUACUGACUUUGAGUAUUUGUGUAUAUUAACACUAGCGUGUUAUCUCUGAAUGCUCUUUUGGCACUUUCCAACUAGUCAAGCCUUUACUUCGAUGUUGUGUAUUGUUUCCCUUGCUUCCUUGCCAGCAUUCUUCCAUAACUUUUUGUCUAAGUUUGUUUUAACUUGUCGGAUAUUAAAUUGGUUGGUUUGGGGAACAUCUCUGUAGUACAUUUCAGAGGAAAAGUUUAAAUAAAUGUGGUACCACGUGCACACAAAUCUCUAGCAAUUUCAAUACUAUUAUGUUAUUUAAGUGUAAAUUUGUAGACUUGUCAUAAUCAAAGAAUUCAAGAAUUGACUCUCUCAACUUUAUAAGACUAUAAAUUUUGGUGCAAAAGUGGCUAUGUCAAAGGGAUUCUUCAGUCCUGUUAUCAGACUACCCACAGAUAAUAGGCUAGACAUUAAAACAAAAUAAAUGGUUACAUAUUUAAAACUAACCUCCAAAUUUUAAAAUAAAAUUAAAAAUCCAAAUAUCAUUAAAAAAAACUUCAGCUUUCAGGUUACUGACAAGCUGAUAUUUAAAAAAAUUGAAAUUAAUAAACAAUGAAUUUUAAAAAAACAACAACAUAUCAACAAAAAUACUAAAUAAUAUCAAAGCUAUAAAAAUUAUAUAUCUAUAUGGCUAAAAUAGAUUGACAAGUAAAAGAAAAAAAAAAUUAUUAUAUUUUAGAUUUAUCAAGAUAUUGGCUUCAGUUCUUAUAAAGAUAUGGUAACUCAAAUUGUAUUCACUUUCUUCUAAUCCUUGUUUCACUUAUUUCAUGUCACUAGAAGUUUUCCCUCCUGUUUAAGAGAUGGUUCAUUAUGUCCAACUGAUCAACUCUAUCAAAUUAAUACAAAGGCUUAGGAUUGUUUUUUCUAUCUGCACACAAUGAUAAUUCUUCAGCAAUGACCUUUUCCCCUGUAAAAUAAUUAUUUUGCAUACAUAAAAAUAAAUUUUCUUCAUAACGAAGAUUUACACUAUUGAUGUCUCACCAUUGAAAUAGUCAGUCUCACCAUUAACAUUAUAACCAACCCUGAGUGAAUUAAACCUUUUCCCAGGUGGUAGUGAUAUACCGUCCAUAGACGCCCAGGUGCAUUCAUUUUUUGGUAUGUAAAUGUUCUCUCUAGGUGGCUACAUGCACUGGCUACCCCCUAGCACAGCCUCUCUACCUUAACUACCUGCAUUUUGCUUGAUAAACAUUUCACCUCCCUUGAUAAACAUUUCACCUCCCUUUUUUAUUUAGUUUUUAUGAUUGCGACCCUUUUCAUUUGACCAAAGAUUAUUGAUCUGUACAUACUAAUAGGUCUCUUAGUACAGGCUGAGCUGAUUACCAUAUUUAAACAUUAAUUUUGUGUAAUGUUUGAUUCUUCCUAUUAUUUGGCAUGUCUAAAAAUAAACAAAAGCUUGUAGUGUUUCAUCCUUUCUUUUUUUCAACUUAAAAAAUUAGGUUUUAGUAUAAAAAAAAACUAUCAGAAGUAGCAACUUAAAAAAUUAGGUUUUAGUAUAAAAAAAAACUAUCAGAAGUAGCAACUUAAAAAAUUAGGUUUUAGUAUAAAAAAAAACUAUCAGAAGUAGCAACUUAAAAAAUUAGGUUUUUUAAUUUAAAAUAGCUGUGUGAAGGUAAAAUUUCACUUAGCAAAUACAAGGGAAGCAAAUACAAGGGAAGCAAAUACAAGGGAUAAAUAACAGUUAUACAUUUUCAAUAGCAACUCUGCUUGCAAACAUUGAUUUUGAAGUGAGAAUUCUAACAUUACUACCAAGAAGCUUAUGAUGAAGAUUGACACAUAAAGUAUGUCAAAUAAAUCACCAUAAAGAUAGAUUCUCUACUUGAUUAUGGUCAUGAUAGGGUAUAGAGGUAAUGCUAGUGGUAAUGAUAAGGUUAUAGAGGUAAUGAAAGGGUGUAGAAUUGUAACAUUUUUAUUUUAUAUCUCCUCCACAUUUACCUUGUCUAUCUGUUAUUAGCUUUUAAUAUUGUGAGAGUCCUCUUAUUUUUUUAUAAUUUCUAUCCUGUUGUUGCUACCUAUAUAGCAUCAAGAUAUGUAGCCCAAUCGUAACCUUCUGCCUCAUACUUUUAUUACCUAAUGCAUGAUGUAGUGCAUAUUGUUAUUAUAUUAUAGAUUGUGUGGUUCCUGAAUAACUUCUACUUCUACAUUUACAAUUACUUGCUAGCUGCCAGGGGAAAUCUCACAGUUGUACUGUAAAUCAAAUGGAAAUACUAAAAAUGGUGAUACAUCUCUAAAUAAAGUAAUAUUUGAUUCCUUCCCGACCCCCCCCCCCUCCCCCAGCACCAUAUACAGAUCAAAUAUAAUGAGCUAUCCUAUCACACAUCGCUUUCCAAACUUGGGUGAGAAGAUCAAAAACAAAAGGAAAAACUAAAAAUGGUCAUACACCCCUAAAAAAAGUAAAAUUUGCUUCCCCCCCGACCCCCCCCCCCCCUCCCCCAGCACCAUAUACAGAUCAAAUAUAAUGAGCUAUCCUAUCACACAUCGCUUUCCAAACUUGGGUGAGAAGAUCUACAAACAUGUGGCUUAUUAUAGAGAAUUAAUUCAAGUGACUGAAUUUCACCAUGAAAGCAUGAAUACAAAAAAAUAACAUGAGAGAAAUACUUUUUAAAAAACACCCUUUUCCAAAAAUUUACUACGAAUUAUAAAUUAAAGUACCCAAAGCUUUAGAGCUGUUCCAGACAUAUUACUAAAAAGCUUGGGGUGCCCAUGAACUCAAUGUACUUUGCAAAUCUUAAAGACAUGCACGCAGGGGUAUCACUAAUUUCAUUCAACUUGUCAAGAUCAAAAUCAAUGGGAGCUUACAACAGUAACGCAAGGCAGUUGUGAGAACUCAUAUUUCCAUGAUUCAUCACAAGUGUUAGAAGCAAUGCAAGCCAAUACAUGUGUCUGACAUAUGACAUCAUUGUAUUUCAUGGGCGCAGAGCUGGUGGCAGAGUUUGGGAUGUUAGUUGGUGGCAGUUGUCUGUGAUGAUAGCUGGUGGCAGCUGUCUGUGAUGAUAGAUGACAUAUUUUGUGAUGACAGAUGACAUAUUUGACAAGGUUGACUUAAGGUUGACAUGUAAUGACUUUCAAACAAAGCAUGACUUGAAGAUGAGACAGAAUUGAAAUGAAAACAAUAGUCAUUAGAGUCUGAUGAGAGUAAAAAUAGUUGUAGAAUGUCUUUUAUUCUCAAAGUUUGUGCUAGUAAAUAAAUUAAAACAAAAACAGAAUAAAGGAGAUUAUUGACAUAAAAUCAAGUAAAUUACUGAGCUGUUUUUUUCGGUGUGAUGAUAAAUAGUUGUUAUGAAAUAGUUUAGGAAUACAAUUAAGCUCUGCCAUCUUUUUGCACUUUUGUAACAGCAAAUUGCGUUGAUUCUCUAAGGGUGCUUUAUACGCCCUAAACUAUAAGGUUCCAAUUAGUAACUAGCUACUACCAAUGACUGUUUUAAAAUAUUUUUAAUGCCCAGUUUAAAAAAAAAAAAAAUUACAUGUAAUUAUUUGUUUCAGGGUUCCCUUUAGUGAUAGCAAUUAGUUCAGCAAACACUUCAGGAAAAUCAAAAUUUAAAAUAUUACGCAUUACACUUGAAGGUGGUGCAGAUGACUAAAACUUGGACUAGAUUGGGUUAUCAUGUAUGUAAUGGAUAUUUUGGUACCAUUCUGUGGGUUUUAAAUUAACCUUUUUUUCUUUUUUAACAGUACUUAAAAUGUAAUUUAGUGAUAAUAUACUUUGCUAUGUAGAUAUUUUUCUUUAAUUAUAACUAAUUACAUUUUUUUUUUACAAUAAUAAAUAUGAUAGGAUUUUAUGCCAGUAAGAAAAAUAAAUUUCAUUAGUCAGGGCUGAUCAUGUCAUAUUUUAAAUUUUUAAUCUUACAUCUUUUUGUAAAAACCUAUUUAAAAUAAACAAAUGGCUGUGCUUAUGAAUAAAUGAAGCAUUUAAACAAUAAAAAAAGAGUUAAAUUUGUAAAAAUUUCACUUUCCUUAGCAAGGAAUCAAUUCAGAUUUGAUUACAAUGUUAUGAAGUUUUUUUUUUUUUUUUUUUUUUUUUUUUUUUUUUUAAAACCAAAAAAACAAUUUGAUAACUUCCUAAAUGGCAAGUUUCCUCUUCCAUAGACUUUGACCCAGCCUAUUUCUGGCGGUGGACAGAUUUCCUCAGCUACCUUGAAUUCGUCUCCUUGUUUUCCCUGGUGAUAGGCCUGCUUACCUACCUGUUCAUCAACAGUGUAAUCUACAUUGAACUCCUCGGCUUUAUGGCUGUAUUCACAGAAGCCAUGUUGGGUGCUCCACAGUUCCUCAGAAAUUACCAAAAGAAAUCGACAGUUGGCAUGAGGUUCGUUCAUAAAUGUUACCAAAGCUAAAAUUAAGUCGGGGCAGUAGAGUUGGGUACGUCCAUUUGUUUUUGGACAUAUUUAUAAUGAAAUCACAUCUCAGUCCAAUCUUUUGUAUGUAAAAUUAAAUGUUGAUGUCAGAUUAUUUACAACUGCAGUAGAUAACUAACUGCUUAGUCAUUUGAUUGUCCUGUUUUGGUUUUUUUUUCCUUUCAACUUUUCACUGAUCCCAUUCUAUUUCCUUCUCAUGGCUUGAACACAGUCCCUUAUAUCUUAUCCUUGAAUUUUUGUGUGUGUGUGUCCCAUUGUGUCAUUGUUUAUUAAAAAAAAAAGUAGGCUGAUCUUUCUCCAUUUGGGAAUUAUUAAAUUUGAACUAGAAAAUUAGCAACACACUAUAUGUUUCUUUCAGUGGUAAAAUGGUUGGGUUCCGAAUGUAAUUGACAGACUAUAUGUUUCUUUCAGUGGUAAAAUGGUUGGGUUCCGAAUGUAAUUGACAGACUAUAGUUUCUUUCAGUGGUAAAAUGGUUGGGUUCAGAAAGUAAUUGACAGACUAUAUGUUUCUUUCAGUGGUAAAAUGGUUGGGUUCCGAAUGUAAUUGACAGACUAUAUGUUUCUUUCAGUGGUAAAAUGGUUGGGUUCUGAAUGUAAUUGACAGACUAUGUGUUUCUUUCAGUCGUAAAAUGGUUGGGUUCUGGACUUGUGGUGACAUUUUCAAGACAGUUUACUUUAUCUUGCGAGAGGCUCCAGCACAGUUUUGGAUUUGUGGCAUGCUCCAGGUGUCCAUUGACUUAUCCAUUUUUAUGCAGGUCAGUUAUCCAUUUUUAUGCAUGUCAUUAUCCAUUUGUAUGCAGGCCAGUUAGUCAUUUUUAUCUUGGUCAGUUUUUCAUUUUUAUGCAGGUCAGUUAUUUUCUAUCAUUUUGAACUUGAUCUCAUCAAAUUACCCUCUGAAAUACUCAGCUGAUUAAUUGGUGGUUUAGCCAAUUUUAAUACAUAGUUUUGUGUUUGUUUUUUUAAAAUAAUUAUUUAAAGAUCAAGAUAAAUAAUCACAAGCAAAAUCAAGAUGAUAGCAUUUUACACAACAGUGAUGCUUAUGAACAAUUAACUGCUGAGAUUUCCAGUUGCCAUGUGGUCGGUUUGGUUUAGUAAAACUUUUCUAGUGAAUGUUAAUUCUCAUUGGCUUUACUUUAACCCCCCCCCCCCUUUUUCCCAAACACUAGGGUAGAGUGAAGCAUUGAAAGACAAGUGUCAGAGCCACUUCAGUAGAGCUGUUAUCAAAUUGACAUAACUCAUUUAUAAUGUCUGAUGAAUUUCAUAUUGAUUGUUUUGGAUUAAAGUUUUCAUUGAAAUCUGUCCUUAAAAAAACUCCAGUCAGAUUAGUUAGACUAUCACCAUUAAUUUGUUCUAAUGCCAUCAAAAUCAAGUCACUUUAUCAUCAUUAAUUUAAUCUGCUCUAAACCAUCAUGAUUUUUCCAACCAUUUUUUAUGUAGGAAUGGUAUAUCUUAAUCUGAUGCUGAUCCCAUUUUUAUAAUAUAUAAAGGAUUAUGUUCAAGCUGUGUCAAGGAAAAGCUGGAAAGGAUAUGGGGAAACUAGAAAAGAAAAAAUGCUUUUAAAAAAACAUUUUAAAGUACCCUUUACUAUUUUUCUUUUUUCUUGCAGGUGUUUUUCUACCGCAAUAGUUCCAACAUCGUUGACCGAACCAGUAAAUCAGCCAUCAGCUGACCACAACAUUUUUUUCCUGAGAUUUUCUAACAUCUUUUUUUCACACUGUGUUGUUUUAUAAACAGAGCAGAGCUAUAUUAUUUUCUAUGCAUUGACAUUUAACCUGGGUAGUUUUUAGGAAAAUUGGUACAGCAUGGGGAAAAAACUUGGGUAAAUAUGAGGAAUUUGGGUACAGCAUGGGAAAAUCUUGGGUAUAUAUGUGAGGAAUUCGGGUACAGCAUGGGAAAAAAAUAUCAAAGAAAUAAUCUUUGUGAUAAGCUAAGUUUCUUUUUUAAAAUUGUUCUUUUAACAAAGAUUAUUUUUAAAUGAUUAAAACAAAAUUUAGUUGAAAUAAUAACUGCUAAAUUAAAAGAACUGCCACCUCAUCAAUUUUUUGCUAGGAUAAAUGAUUUUAAACUCACAUUCUGUUAUUAAAUUCAAAGUUCUUUGUGACCAAUUGUUCAUGUCCAUCUUAAGAUGUUUAUAUGGGUCAUUUUUUUCUUAUACAGAUCAUGCUGGCAUUUUUGGUUUAUUUUUUAUUAACUUAGAUAUAAAGUUCAGUUGCUUCUUGUUUUAUAAACAGACCAUACGACGCUACAGACUAUAAGACGCACCUUAAUUUUUAAGCAAUUUUUAAAAAAAAUUAUAUUUUUACCAUUUUUAUAUUAAUUUCGAGUAUAAGGCACACCUGAAUUUUGGAGACAAUUUUUUUGAAGAAAAAGUGCAUCUUAUAGUCCGUAAAAUACGGUAAAUAUUUUAUGACUCAUUCUUGUGUACCUUAAAUAAGUAUAGUAGGACCAUUGUUUAGCUGGGAGUUUAUCUUUAAGUAUACAUUCCAAGAUUGAAAACUUAAUUCUGCCCUAACCUGAGUGUAGUUGAAUAAGUGUGAUUUAUCAAAACUUGUUGAAAAAAAUAUAAAAAAUAAUUAAAGAGAUUUACAAAAAUAUUUUUGUAGUCCCAGAAAAUAUCUUUCAAAUCUAUCUUUCCCAUUUUAAAAAAAAGUUGUAAAAUUUCAAAGCUUUUUUUUGUCCAAUAAAUUUUUGUUCCCAUUAUUCUCUUCAAUUAAUGAUGUCAUCUUGUUACGUCAAAACAUAAACUAAAAUUUUAUCAACUUUAUGGUCAGGAUAAUAGGAUGUUUAGUUCAUUGAAAUUCAACAAUUUUUGUUUAUUUAGUCAAAUUAGUUCAUGGGAUUGUUACAAAAGAGUAUUUAAAAUGAUAUGAAAUUCUCACAAUAAUUGUAAAAAUGCAUUACUAUUUUUUGUUCUUGACUAUCGUUUCGGUAAAUUAAUUAUGACUCGUCAUAGUUCAUGGCAGCUGUGUUCAUUACAUUACAUACAAGUGAAUUAUAGAAGUCUAUCACAUUGACUAGUGUUACUUUUUGCUAGUUUGAAAAUAUUUUUAAUGAAGGUUUCUAAGCAGGUUGGUUAUUCAGCCAGUACAGUGGAUUGUUUUUCUGUACUGCUUUUGGGGACCCAGCCCAAUCAGUACCCUCCAGUGUCAGGGUGCGGACCCAGUCGGAACAGGACCCUCCAGUGUCAGGGUGCGGACCCAAUCAGAACAGUACCCUCCAGUGUCAGGGUGCGGACCCAGUCAGAACAGGACCCUCCAGUGUCAGGGUGCGGACCCAGUCAGAACAGGAACCUCCAGUGUCAGGAUGAGCACCCACCCAGAGCAGUACCCUUGAGUGCCAGUGUGCACAUUGACAGAUUCUUCCAGCGCCAGUGUGCACAAUGAUAUGAAAGAUUACAUCUUCAAGCUUUAUCCUCUAUGAAACAUAAUAAAGGAAGUAAUUUGAGUAGCUCUCUCCUGAAUUGGCCUGUUUUGUAGUUGUUCAUCGAAGAUAACAAACAAGAAAUAAACUCGGUGUGUGUUUUUACUGCUUUAUCCUUGACCUUGGUUUUGUCAUUGGUCUGGGCUGCAUGAAUGGUAUCUGCCUAACCCAGGAAUCUGAUGUCACCCCAUCUUCAUUGCUCUGGUAAACUUGAGAGUGCUUUAAGAGAUGUUAAUUACUUGGAACACUGGGUUUAUAACUCACCCCACACCUCCAGCACAUCUGCUGAUUGUUCUGUUGUGUGCUCUGACUUGCUACAUCUGACAGCAGUUGACCUGGGACCAUUCAGUAGUAAAAAAAAUACUACCAUUUCUCCAUGAUUCUUGUUAACUGUUACACUUUGGGUAUAUUUUUGUAUACGCUUUUGUUAAUGCAUACAAUGUUUUUUUUUUUACUUGUAUGACUCUUGAGGGUUUGAUUUAAUUAAGCCAAGCUGUAUAAAAUAAUAUCAUUCAUAUAGUCAUAGCUUCUCCUAUCUUUUAAGCUUCACAUAUUUUAUAGUUCUGAUUUUUUUGUUUUAAGAUAUGCAGAGACGUCGCUUUUUCCCAUUAUUUUAAAUAUAAGUUAUUCAAUCAUUUUAUAAACAAUGUUUUUCUCCCAUUUAAAAAAAAAAUCAAGCUGGAAAAACUGUCUUAAUAUUUUAUUAGAUUUAAAUUGACAUAACGUGUAAUUGCAUUUGAGACACUUCCUCAAUCUGUUUAGACAUUACAUUGUGAGAGGUUGACAGAGAGAUACAUUUAAAUUGAGAGGACAUGGAGAACAAAGACUACUAUCAUCUAUGUUCUUUUAGAAUGUUUACCAUCCAAAUGUAGCGUAUGAAAUGUUCUGUCUAGAAAAUGAAUAGUUUUGCUUUGGGUGGGAAAGUUUGAAAAAGAUCUAAAAAUAAUUUAUUUUUAUUAGGAAGAUAAAAUUAUGUUCAAAACUUAACUAUAUUAUUUUAAAAAAUAUUCUAAUAUACUUAAUUAUUUGAGACUUGCUUAAAAAAUUUAGAAAUAAUCAUUAAUUAACCAGGCAUUAUCCAUAUAAAUGACAUCUUAUGAUCAUACCAUAAUUUUGGAAAAUCUAAUGCAAAGUGAAUGAUAAAGGUUUGUAUGAUAAUAUACAAAACAACAUCUAGAUAUUCUGUUUGAAAUGAGACAAAAAUAAGAAAGGGAAUUUUGUUGCCCCCCUUCACCUCACCAAAAUAAAAAAUCUUUUUUAGAAAGUCAUCCUACUGGAAUCAGUUCUAUUUACUGUAUUUUGUCAUAAAAUUGUCUACCUGGAAUAAAAUGUAACUAAGCAUUUUUGACUUUGACAUCAACUCUUUCAGUUUUGUUUCAACUGGGUAGUGGAGUAGAAGUCAAAAGUUGGGAGAGAAGACGUGUGGUAAAAACAUGUCUAUAACUCCUGGUCAAAGUCAAAUAUGGUAAAAAUACCAGAAUUUGUGGAAAUAAUGAAUUCAUUGGUCCUGUGUCAAUGAGUGUAUGGACUUAAAGUCAUGUUUGGUCCUGUUUCAGUUGACAACAGAGUAAAUAAAAGUCAUACCUUGAAUUAGUGUCAGUAAAUAUUUUCGAACUCCACAGACAUGUUUAAAAAAAAAUUGCUUUUUAAAUCCUCUAAAAUAUUUAGCAUGUAAAUUCCCUCCACAUUUUCAAAUAUCUUUGGGAUUUUUUCAUACAACUGAUCUAUGCAAUGUUCUUUUGUAUUAGAAGUGGCUUGGAUUCCUGUUCAAUUUUUUUCCCUCUGUGAUAUUAGAGUCCAUGAUUCUCUAGACUUUAGAAUGUAUUUUUUUUUUAUUUCACCAAAUAUCUUUUUUUUUUUAUUAUUGGGUUAUUUUCAAUUUUGCUUUGUGGGCUUCAUCAUGAUUUACUAGCAUUGAAAUACUGAAACCACAUAUGAAGGACUCAUAAUGUAAAGUGUUCUUGUUGGUGUAAGGUAGCAGUUCAAGUGCUAGGUGGUGUAUGGUAGCAGUUCAAGUGGUAGGUGGUGUAUGGUAGCAGUUCAAGUGUUACAUUCUAAUCCUUAUAUUUUCUUAACGUUUUUUUUUUCUUAAGCAUUUUUGUGGUUGUGAAAAUAACUCAUUACAAUUUAUUUUUAUAACCCUGGAAAUGCAGUCAAGUUUAAUGCAGUCAAGACUUAAUGCAGUCAAGACUUAAUGCAAUCAAGUCUUAAUAACCUGUACUAAAACCAUAAACGGGGGACUUUCCAAGUCACCAAACAAUAGACAAUCAGUAAGGUCAACUUUUUUAAUUUGAAGCAUCAGAAGUUUACCGUACUGUGUACAGUGGCUGUUGGACUGUCACAAAGAACUGAGUCAUGUCAUGACAUAAAUGAUGAUACUGUUGAUUAUAGUAGAUACAACAGUAAGCCCUUGACAUUUUGAGUUAUUCUUUUUGAAUAAAUGUUACCCAUUUAGCCAUGUACAAAAAAUAACAAUCAUUGCUUUACAUUGCCUAAAGUUUCCUUUUGGAGCAUGCUCCUUGAAUUGUUUGUCAGUCCAGUGCCUGCAUAACUUGAUUGGGUUUAGUGGUGAUAUGAGAUGUGUUUAAAGUUGAGAUGUGAUGUGUACAGUGUACAUGGAAUGUUUUGUGUGGAUGAUGGUGAUGUGUUGGUAAUUUGAACAUGAUGAAUUCCAUAUUAAUAAACCACAACUAUGAAUCUUUCUUACCCUGGCAUUAAACUAAUGGAAAAUU